UAUACAUCUCCUUGUGUUUAGCAUGUCUUUGAUGAUCCAUGUUAUUACGAUGGCUACGUGCACAGGGUCCGGAUAACAAAUCCCAAUGCUUCUUUGAGCUCCCACCCCAUGUUGAGGGAGCUUCCCAUUGAUAUAAAAGGUCUGGCCUUCAAUUAUGUAUUUGCAUAGUGCUUGGCAUCCAUUUCUCCCUACGGACAGCGACUAAAAUGACCGGAAUUGACUUCACCGUCUUCAAAGGUUCCCCCACCGGAAAGAUAGUUGAGUCAAAGACUCACAAAGAAAGCCUCAAACCAGAUGAGGUACUACUCAAAAUCACUCAUGCUGGCCUGUGCGGUACAGACCAACAUUACAAGACAGAGGACAUGGUCCUCGGCCAUGAAGGCGUCGGCGUGGUGCAGCAGGUCGGAUCGCAAGUCACCGCAUUCAAAGUUGGCGAUCGUGCUGGCUGGGGAUUCCUCCACAAUACGUGUGGGCACUGUGAUGAAUGCCUCAACGCGAACGAGUUUUUUUGCCCUGAGAGGGCCACUUAUGCACACUCCAACACUGACCAAGGUGCAUUCGCUUCCCAUGCGGUGUGGAAGGCAGCUUUCCUCUUCCAUAUUCCCGAUGCUAUCAGUUCCUCUGACGCGGCGCCAUUGAUGUGUGCCGGAGCAACGAUAUUCAACGCGAUGUAUUCGUAUAACGUCCGACCUGCAGACCGAGUGGGAAUUAUAGGUGUCGGUGGUCUUGGUCACAUUGCCAUCCAAUUUGCAGCGAAAAUGGGGUGCGAGGUUGUAGUUUUCUCUGGAAGCGAUCAUAAGAGGGAAGAGGCGAGGAGUUUGGGUGCAAAGGAGUUUUAUACGAGAAAUGCGAACAAACAUGAAACCGGGAAGCCAAUUAAGCACCUAUUCGUUACAACUUCGCAUCUCCCUGAUUGGAAUCUCUUCCUCUCGGUUCUGGCGCCCAACGCUACUAUUUAUCCUAUCACCGUAUCUCAUGGGGAUUUGGUCAUCCCCUAUACACCUAUCAUUUCAAAGGGGUUGACAAUACAGGGAAUCUUUUGUGCAUCGCGUGGUGUCCAAGUCAAGAUGCUAAGAUUUGCGGCUAUCCACGGCAUCAAACCCAUCACUCAAGAGUUCCCACUGACGGUCGAGGGAAUUGAAGAAGCUAUGGCUAAACUCGACAGAGGAGAGAUCAGAUAUCGAGCGGUACUGGUGGCGGGGAGAUAGGGUGAGAUCCGGAUAGAAGUAACAAAGUAUUUGUAUUAUCAUCACAAACGCACCAGAGUAUUACUGAACGAAGGACUUAACAAAUAUGUGUCUUCGAGUACCACCAGAGAUAUUACUCA